AUGGAUACUAUUGAGCAUUCUGCUUUGGAGGACCAACAUGGUAGAAGUGGCGAUGUUGAGAAAGGAAAUGGGGAGGCUGAAUUUGUAUCUUCUGGCAAUGAUGGAACAAACGAGAGCCUUCCUCCUCUGAAGGAGCUCUCCUUUUUGGAUAGGUUUCUCGUAAUCUGGAUCAUCCUGGCAAUGGCAAUCGGAAUCAUCCUAGGGAAUACGGUGCCAUCAACGGGUCCUGCGUUACAGAAGGGACAGUUUGUUGGUGUUAGUUUACCAAUCGAAGCUAUCGGCCUCCUCGUAAUGAUGUAUCCAAUCCUCUGCAAAGUCCGCUUCGAAACACUCCACCUCCUUCUCGGCUCCCGCGCUCUCUGGAUCCAAAUUCUCGUCUCUUUCGUCUUAAAUUGGAUCAUUGCACCCCUAUUCAUGGUUGCUCUGGCAUGGGCCUUCCUCCCUGAUCGCCAGGAUCUCCGCGAAGGCCUCAUAUUUGUUGGAAUAGCGCGCUGCAUCGCCAUGGUGCUAAUCUGGACUGAUCUCGCUAAGGGAGAUGGCGAUUACUGUGCUGUGCUUGUGGCGUUCAAUUCUAUCUUGCAGAUUGUCUUGUUUGCACCAUUUGCAGUGUUCUACAUUCAGGUGGUUAGCCAUGGGAAGAAGACAGGUGUGUCUUAUAGCAAGGUUGCACAGAGUGUAGGAGUGUUUCUCGGAAUUCCACUCGGUGCGGCCGUGUUUACAAGACUCAUUUUGAUCAAAGCCUUGGGAGAGGAUAUUUAUCAGAGGCGCUUCAUACGGUAUAUAGCGCCUUGGUCGCUGAUCGGGCUGCUUUACACCAUUAUUGUUCUCUUCGCGAGCCAGGGACAGCAUGUCGUGCGACAGAUUACGGAUGUGCUCCGAGUAUGUGCACCGCUACUAGUGUAUUUCCUCGUCAUCUUCACGUCUACCGUCUGGUUUUGCUGGAAGAUGGGUUUCGGCUAUAAGAUCAGCUGCACACAAAGUUUCACCGCUGCCAGCAAUAACUUUGAGCUAGCUAUCGCGGUGGUGGUUGCUGUGUAUGGGGCCGGAAGUGGACAAGCAUUAGCAAGUACAGUUGGCCCGUUGAUUGAGGUUCCAGUGCUUGUGGGGUUAGUGUAUGUCUUGCAAUUCUUCAAGAAGAGAUGGGGCUGGAAAGGAUGA